CUUUUCCUUCUUUGGGACGCCAAGAGGAGGGAAGAGAGAGAGUGGCGAGCUUCUCUGUUCGAUUGCCUCUUCAGUUCUCAAUGGAAGUACUUCCUCCAAGCAUUUCAUAUUCUGACGAUGACCAAAGAAACUUGGAGCAGUUGCUCGAAACUUUCGGGUCCAUUGUUUCUCUUGAGGAUAUAGCCUCCGCUUAUUGUCAAGCAGGUCGCAAUGUAGACACAGCAGGUGAAUUACUCUGUAAUCUACAGCGAAGCACCUCCAGCACUUCCAGCUUUGCACCGAAGGAUGAAAUGGAGGGUGCAAGCACAUCUUCUGAUUUUUCAUCCAAAAAUAUGUUGGUGAAUCCUCUUGCAGAAGGAAAUUCCAAAUUAUCAAAGGCAAAAAAGUGUUCAGCAUCAAUGGGCACUGUUUCAGGUGUAAUUGGAAGACAAUAUGGUAGGCAGAAGCUUUUAACUGAUCAAUCUUGUAAGGUGACCAAACCACUGAAAUUAAAUUCAGUGGAAUUAACUACUUCUGAGAUUCGGGGUGAGAAACUUUCACCAGAUACAAUGACAGUGAGGGAAACCAUGACUAAAGAUGUUGAGGAGUUUCUUUUUACAAUGCUUGGAGAUGGCUUUUCACUAGGCAUGGAUGUAAUCCAAGAAGUACUAGGUCUUUGUGGAUACGAUAUAGAAAAGAGCGUGGAGAGACUUCUGGAUCUGUCAGCAUCUAAGUUGGAGAAGAAUAAUGAGGUUUUGAGCAUGGCUGCUCAAAAAUCUAUGGAGAAAUGUCCAGACAUCAAAUCGCUUCCCUGUCAUUCUCAAGAAACAAUGCAGUGUAUAGAUUCUUCCCAAAACAGGAAAGCUAGAUCGAUGACUAAAAAUGAACUAGAUUUACCUAAUGGAGUCAAAGACCGAUAUGAUCUUCAGAAAGAAGUAUUGGAAGCAUUGUUCAAUAUUUCUAAGAGAUUUGAAGAAGAACCAAUAAGAACUUUCCCAGGGAAGGAAGCAAGGAGGUCAAGAUCAUUUGGUCAAGUUGUCCUUGAACCAUUGAGACACACAUCUACAUUACAUAGUAUGGACACUGCAAAACCGCAAAUCGCUGAGGAGGAGAAUGAAGAAACUGAGGAUAGCUAUGAGGUUCUACGCAAAGCUGUGAAGGAGUAUUGGGUUCCAAUGAAAGAGUAUUACAAAGCUGCCGUUGAUGCAUUUGUUAAGGGAAAUCAUGACCAGGCAUACAAGCUUCUGGAAUCGGGACACUUUUUUAUGAAUAGGGCCCGAGAAGCAAAUGAAAAAUCUGCGCAAAAGCUUCUUGAAACUAGAGAUGAGGAGGAAGAAGUGUCUCUUGAUCUGCAUGACCAUACACCAAAGGAAGCAUUACGGCUUCUGAAGCUUCAUUUAAUUUCUCUUUCAGGCAUUCCAUCUAUUCAGUAUUUUAAACUCAUAGUUGGGGCCAAUGAUGAAGAUACCAAAGAAGGGGCUCGGAAGCGGCUGAUUAUAAAGCUACUGGAGAGGGAAUCUAUAAAAUGGACCGAGGAAGGAAAUGGUCGUGUGAUAGUGAUCCGGGUGGAUAAGAUCAAUCCCAAACAUUUGAGUUUUGCUGAGAAACCUGGGACAGAUUGCAACGCAUGACCUCAUCUGAAGGGUGAAACUGAUUUCAAAAAUUUUGUAGUUGAUAAUCAACUUGGAUCUUCAUAGUUUUUGAAGUUUGAUGAACCCAUGUUCAGCUAAAAGAGAGGGUAUAUCAUCUUGGCACUCCUUUUCUUCCCCUCGGGUGGCAACCAUGAAGCCAAAAUGUGGAAAUUUGUUCCAUUACCUUCAAACCUAUAGGAGGGGAAGAAGUUGCAAUUUUUGCUUGAUUGAAGCUGGUAUAUUUUGUCGCCAAAAAGGGGGAAAAAAACAGGUACACAACUGGUAAAUGACAUUGGAAAGCAUAUUCAUUUUGUUGCAAUUCGUGAUAAUAUAUAUUUUUCAGUUGAUUAUAUAUAUAUA